GAAGCCACAAGACAUUAGUUCGCACCUGCUUAAAUUUAAACGUAUUUCGUUGGCGUUUUUACAAUAUAGUUUGCUUAUUUGAAUAGGUAUUUGCAUAUUUCUGCGCUUUUAUCGGUUGCUGCAGUGAGAGAGUCGAUUCAUCUUCAUCAACGCCUCUUCAUUCUUACUCAGCAUUCACGCGCAAGCUAUAAUACUCUUAACUCGUUGCAUAAGGCUUUAACGAGUUAAACGUGGACAUUGCCGUGUCAUCGGGUCGCUAAACACUACUGACCUUUAAAAUCAAGCCGUUAAUUGUUUUGAAAGUCAGACUUAGCUGGUGUUCAUGCCCGAUCUGCAGCGCUUCAGUUUUCCGUACCGUAGCAUGAAUUCUCCUCUCCAUCAUCAUCAUUAUCAGCAGCAGCAGCAGCAACAGCAUCAGCAUCCAGAAGGACCCGGUCAUCCCGAUUCUCCCUCCAGUUUACUCCCCGAGGCUGCGGUCUUGGGAGCUCCCGAUCCAUCCUCCUUUUUUCUCGGAGAACAUCCCGGCCCUGCUGGUGUGCCCCAAUCCGCGCUUGACCUUACUGCAUCUUCUUACCUGCACUUCAGUCCAUCCCUCCACUGGUCCCAACCUCCUCCACCUACAGCCAUGGCAUUAAGAAACGACCUGGGAUCCAAUAUCAGCGUCCUAAAGACUCUCAAUCUGCGGUUCCGUUGCUUUCUGGCUAAAGUGCAUGAACUGGAGAGACGCAAUAAGAUAUUGGAGUUACAGCUGCAGCAGGCUUUAGACAGCAAUAACAAGGGUGGAUGCACGGAUGAUGGAAAGACCAAAGAAAUUGGUGUGCAGACUGGCUUUAUUGGGCCUAUUGCUGUCCGGCCUGGGUCUUUAUCCUUCCAAAACACCAACAACUCUGCCAAACGACCCACUACAUUGUUUAUGCCUUCUCUUACGACUGUCCUCAAGCUUGAGCCUAAUAAAGCUGGUGAUGAGACCACAUCUGACCUGAAUAUCAAUAGAAACCCAACUAUCACAGUCAGUCUCUCAACACCCACCACUGAGCCUGCUUCGGCCAACACCAACAACUCCAAUAAUACUCCACAUGUAAGCAGUGUCGGCACUGGGACGUCUCCAAACCCUCCUCCUCGCUUCCUCCCAGGCACUAUCUGGACCUACAACCACACACGGAAACUGGGAAGUGGAACAGAGACUCGCGUCACCAGUCCUGGAGUUUCAUGGGUCCACCCAGACGGAGUGGGUGUACAGAUAGACACCAUCACCCCAGAGAUCAGAGCACUUUACAACGUCCUGGCCAAAAUCAAAAGAGAGAGGGAUGAGUACAAGAGAAGGUGGGAAGAGGAAUACACUAUGAGAAUGGACAUGGAACAAAGAAUGAAUGACCUACAGGAGGACCUGCAGGAGAGUGAAGUAUGUCAGGAUGAAUUGGCCCUCACGGUCCAACAGCUGAAAGCUGAACUUGUGCUCUUUAAAGGACUCAUGAGCAAUAACCUGUCGGAGCUGGACAGUAAAAUCCAGGAGAAGGCCAUGAAAGUGGACAUGGACAUCUGCAGACGCAUUGACAUCACAGCUCGUCUGUGUGAUGUCGCCCAACAAAGAAACUGUGAAGAUCCUAUCAAGAUCUUUAAGGUUCCAAGCCCUCAAAAUGCCAUCACCUCUCGUGCCCGUAAACAAGCCUCACAACCUGCCAAUGGCAGUGAGACAGAUGAGCCAGUCAGCACCUCUGAGAGUGAUGGAGGUGGUGCGCGAGAGGAUGAAGUCUGCACCCCUUCAACCCUGCAAAUCAAUGAGGAGAUGCAAAGAAUGUUGACCCAACUGCGUGAGUGUGAGUUUGAGGAUGAUUGUGACUCUCUGGCUUGGGAAGAGACAGAAGAAACACUUCUUCUGUGGGAGGAUUUCCCAGGAUGCACUUUAACGGCAGACACCAGUCAGGGAGAGCAGGAGGAGUGUUUGGAAAAGGUGAUUAAGGACACUGAAUGUCUUUUUAAGUCUAGGGAGAAGGAAUAUCAGGAGACUAUAGAUCAAAUAGAGUUGGAAUUGGCCACAGCAAAGUCUGACAUGAACCGUCAUCUUCAUGAGUACAUGGAGAUGUGCAGCAUGAAGAGAGGACUGGAUGUGCAGAUGGAAACCUGCAGGAGACUCAUCACCCAGAGUGGAAACAAUAAAUCCACUCCUCCAAUACCUGGAGGGGGUAUAGAGACGAAUGGAGAAACGGAGAGAGAUAAAGUCGAGGAAGGAGGAAGAUAAUGACGACAUCAGAUCUGACAAUGGUGUUUGAAAGAAGAAACAGUGGCUCUCAUCUCUUCGUGGCUUCAUUUAACCAGCACCGGCUCUUAUGUGUUUCCACAUGUUUGUCCAGUCACACUAGUGGGGGUAAAUGGAACUACAUUGAAAAAAAAAAAACAUGUUCUGUGUUAUUUUCCCUUCUGGUACUGCUUUCACACCUACAUAAUCUUGAAGAUGAGAGUCCUUGGUUGCUAAAAAUCUGACUUUAGCGAGCCUAUCCGCCAGCGGGUAUCAAUCAUGUUUUCCGAUCUCAUCCUGAACAUCUGAGUCAUCAUAUUUUCAGCAGCGAACACAUUCACUUUUGAUUUCGGAUGUCUGGCAGAGAAUCACUGAUAGUGUUUUACAAAGUUUCCAUUUCCUAGAGACUCAGAGGGUACAUUUGCUCACGAAUCAUUGCUGCAUGUACUGUUACGUGCUGCUGUAAACCGUGGGCCCAAUAGGUGUGUUGUGCUUUUUGUCUGAGCUGUUGUAAACACAAGGCUGUCAUGCUAGUGAAGGGUGGAGGUAACUGUAGCCUGCACAUUCCCCAUCUUUGAGCUCAUGUUUGCAUGAAAUGUGUGACAUUUCAUGCUAACGGUAUUGUGCUGAUGCCAGGCUGCUUUAGAGUUUCGGCUUUACGCUUUUUACAGAAUUGUGAAUUCUUUGAGUUCCUCUUUGCGGGUGGAAAACAUGAGUGAUAGGUGAGGUCAGAUGAGUGCGAUUUGAAGAUGUUAUGGCUCGGAGUACAUGUCAGAGCAUUACGCAUGUCAACCGUUGUGUUAUUUCCUUUUCACUCACCACUCUCAAUUUGGUCCUUAAGAUAUGUUAUAUUCAGCCUUUUUCUCUGCUGGUGCUGAUAGGCUUUAGAAUAAGAAUUUCAUGAAAAUGCUGUACAUGUUACGCUGCUAUCGAAAUGAGAGCUGCUUCAGUCCAUAAAAGUAUCUAGUGUUUUAAGGGUGUAUUUUGGAUAGUAAAGUUCCAUUUUUUGUUAUUUUUCUCUUUUAUAUCCAUAGCUAAAUCCAUGCUGGUGCCUCUGGAUGUAAAGAUCUGUCCAUUUGCAGUUUUAUUAAGAACACAGAAGCAAAGUCAAGAACUGCAGAACAUGUGAAUGGUUUGGAUAGAUAAACUAGAAAAAAAAAAGCAGAGAUAAACUGUGAGGAGUUAUUUUCACGAUAGUGGUCUCCUUGUUCUUUUGGAGAUUUAGGAGCAUCCUAUGUUGUUAGAGAUGUAAUAAGGAUGAAUUUAGCAGAUGGGCCAAGGGGAAUACAGUAUUGGAGAUGUUUGACAAACUACAUUUUAACAGCAACAUGUUAUAGAAAGCCAUCUCAGAGUUAGCUUUUUACAUACAGUUGAAGUCAGAAUUAUUAACCCUCCUUUGAUUUUCACAGUAUGUCUGAUAAUAUUUUUUCUUCUGGACAUAGUCUUAUUUGUUUUAUUUUAGCUAGAAUAAAAGCAGUUUUUAUUUUUUUUAAAACCAUUUUAAGGUCAAAAUUAUUAGCCCCUUUAAGCUAUUUUUUUUUUCGAUCAGAACAAUAUUUUUUUGUCUACAGAACAAACCAUCGUUAUACAAUAACUUGCCUUAUUACUUAACCUAAUUAACCUAGUCAAGCUUUAAAUGUCACUUUAAGCUGAAUACUAGUGUUUUAUAAUUCACUGUCAUCAUGGCAAAGAUAAAAUGAAUCAGUUAUUAGAAACGAGUUAUUAAAAAUAUUGUUUAGAAAUGUGUAGAAAAAAUCUUCUCUCCGUUAAACAGAAAUUGGGGAAAAAAUUAACCAGGGCCUAAAAUUUCUGACUUCAACUGUAAUUGCAAGAUUAUUAUUUUAUUUUUUGACGUAAUUGCAAGUUUAGAUCUCACAAUUGUGUUUGGUUCUUGAAUUACAGCUUGUAAUGGUGACUAUAUCAAAUUUGUCAUCGUUUCCUGUGAUUCUGACUGUAUUGUACAGUUGAUUUUAUAUACCAAAUUUGCAACUUUGCUUUG